AUGCCCGGGCCGGACGGUGUGGUACAAGGUGGGCAGGUUCACAAACGGCGUUCCCCAACGCUAACGCGGCGAGCAACCACGUCUUUGUCGCUGGCGGAGUCGGUAUUACAGCGUUUCUGGCUUCGCUGGAGGCAUACCACAGCAUCAAUUACAACAUUGAGCUGCAUUUCCGCUGUGCGUUCGGCGGCUGAUGUGCCUUUUCGACAGCGCAUUGAAAAGUUAGGCACCAGUGUCAAAGUCUACGACAAGUCCAAAGGCCAACACCUGGACAUUCGCGAGAUUGUGCGAACGCUCAAGUGGAACAGCCAGCUGUACUUCUGUGGUCCGACUCGCAUGAUUGAGUCUGGUCGCAGAGCCGUCCAAGAAUUUGGCGUGGAUGAGAAUGAGGUUCACUACGAAGCUUUCUCAGCAGACACCACAGGCGACCCAUUUGAUGCGGAAGUAUCCAAUCGAGCUGGUAAGAUCGUACAUGUGACUCGGGAAGAAACGCUUCUAGAGGUCCUGAAGAGAGAGUUUGGAGGUGACCAAGUGGAGAGCAGCUGCGAAGUGGGGAAUUGCGGAACUUGCAAAAUCAAUCUGAAGGAUGGAACAGUCGAGCACAGAGGCACGGCAUUGACGACGGAGCAAAAGGGAAGUUCCAUGCUGAGCUGUGUGAGCCGUGGAAUCGGGAGGAUCGUGGUUGAGGUGUAAGGUACCUUACCUCAGAGUGAAGCCAUCAUGGAGUGGAGCAAGUUGGGUCUUAUCCACACAUUGCUAGUGGUUGACUGGGGUAAGGCAUGGGAACUUUGACCCCACCAGUAGCCUUAUCUUUUACUUCCUCAUUUUUUUGGAGCUGCCUUUUGUU